AUAAGCUUGACGAAUGGGAAAAGUGGCCUGUGAAUGGGACGCUGCAUUAUAACACCAUGUUACAACUGAUGUUAUUUUUGAGAGGUGAGCAGAAAUGGGAUGAAGUUAUGUAUUGUGAUUUGUUCUUUACCUUAAAGAAUCAUCCUGAGUGGCAAAAGGAUUGUGGAAUUAACAUGCCACCCAGCGAUCCUUUUGGGCUAUCUUUAGAAAAAGAGGGAAACAAAAAGGUGACAAUAAGCUCAGAAGGUGUUGUUCUGCCUGUAGUAUUGGGCAAAGAUGUUUAAAGCUAUGCAAGCAAGAACGAGAGGAUGAUACUGAAAUUGUAAUUGGAUCUCAAAGGGCCCCACCUAGAACUGCUCCCAGAAAUAGUGAUGAAAGAGAGCCCAUGCAUAGUCCUGUCGCAGGGCAAACAAGAGCUAAACAGAGCGAAGUUAUUCAAGCUCCUCUCCGUCAGGCGCCUGGGACUGAGGGUGUGGCAACUAUUAAAGUACCCUUUUCUAUUGUGGAUUUAAAUAAUUGGGAAGUACCAGCUGGGAGCUAUCAAGAAAACCCUGAUCAAACAGCCCAGGCUUUUGAAACAAUGAUUCAGACUCAGGAUCCUGACUGGAAAGAUGCUAGGAAAUAUACUAUAAUAUGGAUCCUGAGUCUGAAGACGGAAAAGCUCAGUUGGCUCCUUUAUUUAUAGGACAAUCCUCUGAUGAUAUCAGAAGGAAAUUACAAAACUUACAAGGAGCAGAUUCUCGAGAUUGGGGAAAAUUAUUAGAAGUUGCUUGGGUGGCAUAUAGAAAGAGAGAUGAAUUACAGAGUAAAAUGAGUGCAAGGUUAGUAGCUGCUCUGGAAGUAGGAGCUGGCAUGGGACAAAGGAGAGGAACUGGACUGGGGCCACCAGUGGGAUUAAACCAGCCCCUGGGACCGAAUCAGUGUGCGUACUGUAAACAAGAAGGACACUGGAAAGGAGAAUCUCCCCUGAGACCUACAAGGUCACAAGUGAUCCCAAUUUCGACCGCACAAUCUCAGCAAGUUCCCCCUUUCUUAGGAAAGUUGAGUGAAAGUAUCUGACGGGGACCGGAGGGGAGUCUCCCAGCAGAACCUCUGGUGACAGCUAACCUGGGAGAACAGAAAAUUGAAUUUUUAGUUGACACUGGAGCCACCUUUUCAGUUUUAAACACCUUAGAGGGGGAGUUAAGUUCUGAAGAAAGCAGUGUUGUUGGUGCGACAGGUGAAUGAGAGGCUAGACCUUUCUUUAAGCCUUUGACAAUGAAAUUAGGAAAGCAGUGGGUCACUCAUCAGUUUCUGUGUUUGCCAAAUUCUCCUCAAACCCCGGUUAGGGAGAGACCUACUUGAGAAACUGGAAGCAGAAGUUAAAUUUAAAGAUGGUGAGAUUAAAAUUUAAAUUUAAAAAUGGUGAGAUUAAAAUUUUAAUUCCAGAAACUAAACAUAUCGAAGCAGUGGCUUUGUUGUUACAGGACGGCUACCGAAAGCAGAGGAUCAUACCAGUCGAAGUAAAUAAUGCUGUAAUUCCCAUCGUCUGGGCUGAGGAAGUUCCUGGUAAAUCCAAAAGAGCAGAGCCUGUGAGAAUUGAUUUAAAGCCAGGAUCGAGUCUGCUGAGACAGAAGAUGGUUUACCCUGCUGUGUUUUUAACAACUGAUCAACUUGAAGGAGAACUGGAACAUGGCUGCCUGCAGACAAUUGAAGAAGUCUGCUCCAGCCAACCGGAUCUCCGAGGUGCGCCACUGGAAGAAAAAGAUUGGGAGCUAUAUACCGACGGAAGCAGUUUCAUCCGUGAAGGAAAACGUUUAUCAGGAUAUGCGGUAACCACUACUGAGAAGGUAACUGAAUCACGAGCUUUGCCUUCAGAUGUAUCUGCCCAAAAGGCUGAAUUGGUAGCUCUUACUCGAGCACUGGAACUACGUCAAGGAAAACGAAUCAGCAUUUGGAGAGACUCAAAGUAUGCUUUUGGGGUAGUACAUGCACAUGGAGCAAUAUGGAAAGAAAGAGGACUGUUACCUGCACGAGGAACCACCAUUCAGCAUGCAGAACAAAUACUGAAAUUGUUAGAAGCCAUUCAAAAGCCAACAGCAGUCGCGAUAAUGCACUGUAAAGCACAUCAGUCAGGUAGGACUGUCCUUGAAACAGGUAACGGAUUGGCUGAUAGAGCUGCUAAAGAGGCUGCAGAAAAAGGCAUCCUAGCACUAGUUCCAGAGAAAAGUGUAAAUUUACCGAAAGAUGCUCCAAAUUAUAAUGAAAAAGAUGAAGAAUUAAUUAUUAAACUGCAGGCUAGUAAAAAUGAAACCGGGUGGGCUGUAACACCAACAGGUCAAAUAAUAGUCCCACCCGCAAUAAUGAGAGAAAUUGCCCGGGCUGAAAAUAACAAAGUACGUUAGGGAACAGAAAACCUUGUUAAACAUUUACAAAAGUGUAUUUUGAAUAGAGAUAUGACAAAAAUUAUUCGAAUAAUUACAAUUGGGUGUGAAAUUUGUAUACGCAAUAAUCCCCAAACCAAUAAUAAAAUCACUUUUGGAGUUACGAAACAAGGAGAUUCUCCAGGAAAGUAUCGGCAAAUUGAUUUUACAGAAUUGCUUCAAUAAGAGGGAUAUUGAUAUAUCCUAGUUCUAGUUGAUACCGUUACUGGGUAGCCUGAAGCUUUCCCUUGUCGCACCAACAAAACAAGAGAAGUAUUUAUCAUCAUUGUUACAAUCCGCAUCGCUUUCAGCUGUCUUAAAACGAGCCGUGACACAAUCUAUGUUCAAGUGAGACUACUAAAAGAAUUAGUAGCCUCAAACAGAAAGGGGGGGAAUUGAUAGCAUAUUUCCAUACAUUCUGUAUGGUAUAUCUAAAUAUUUUGAUGGU